AUGGAGGUUCUCCCUUCCAAUGAAACCAUCACUCUAAAGCUUUCACUUCCACCAGCAAAGUCACCAUUAAUUGGCAAAAGCAACACGCCAGAGAAGAAAUGUGAUAGCCGUAGUAAGUUUCCUGCAUCACCAAGGUUUCAAUGUAGAGAUUCAUCACCACACAUUUCAAAACGAGCAAUGAGGACAACAGCAACAAGCCAUUAUAGUCUGCGGAAAGUUCACGGAUCGGCAAACAAAGAGAUCAUAAAGAGGGCGUUAACACCACCAGCUCGUCGACCGACCUUGAGAUGGUUGGACUUUAAGCCAACUCCCAGUCGUCUUUGUAAUAUGUCUGCAGCAUAGUUUUGGUCUCUGUAGCUACUUGAAUAUAGGAUUUAAUGUACAAAAGAAACUCAAUAUAUCAGUUUUUCACUUGUUUUCUCUA